AUGGCUUCGAUGAAUCCACAGUACCAUCUUUGCUGUACCACAGCAUCGCCAUCGUUCCAGUCCUAUCCUCAGUGUCUGCGCGGAAAUGCUUACGUUGAUCCAGGAUACUGUCCACCUAAUCAAAUACCGUACGUUGCUAGGGAAGGAUACCCACCGACAUGUCACAUGCAAUUGAAUCCCUGCCCUACUACUGCACCGUUUGUGUGCAUUUACUCAGCUAUGAAACAGGACUCUUACUGCUGUGCACCUAUGGAUGCGCCUGGGGUCAGCCAAGGCUUCGCGGAUAUGUCUGUAGCUGCUUCGCCAAUGAAACGUAUGGGAAACCAGAUGCCAGGUGUUGUAGCCGGAAAUCCCUUCGCUGCUGGUUACUCUCAAACGUUCCCAGGUGGCAAUCCUGUGCCGCCAACUCUACCUCCAUCUCCAAUAGGUAUUGCUGAUCCAAUCCCGGGAGUGAAUCCAGAACAGCUUCUCCCACCUGCGCUUUCUGCCAAGCUCCAAAUCAGUCGUAACAAUAACAAUCUUAACUUCAACAGCAACAGUGGCUUCCCAGCACAAAAUAUGAACACUUACUCUGUAAAUCAACCCAUCACUGGAGUACAGGGAUAUUCCAUCAAUCAGCCAACCGCGGUACUGCCCGGAAUUCCCCCUAAUGCACAGCCACCAACCGCGGUACUGCCAGGCAUUCCUCCUAAUGUUCAGCCACCAAUCGCGGUACCUGGAUAUCCAAGCAACAAUCAGCAAGUCGGAAUGCCGACAUAUGCAGUCAGAAAGCCUUCGGGUCCCAUUGGUGGAAAGACAGACAUGGCCUCUCAGAUUAUUCAACAAGUCAUAGACCAGGCCCUCAAAAACGGGCCCCAUCAGAACGGAGGAAAUCCUUACUUUGCUGGACCAAGUGGCACAGGACACUGGUCCAUGCCGGUGCACCCGGUCACUGGAUGUCCCUUCGGAUCCAGAGCUUUGGUACGAGCUGAUCGUAGCGUUGUGAUGUGUGCCGAGCAGCCAUGCCCCAACGGAUUUGUAUGUGUGUUUGCUGAGCGGGAAAACCGCUUCCAGUGCUGUUCAUCCUCACAGAUACUGUCCGCUACCAGUCCCGUCGAUUCCUCGUCUACAGCAGCGUCGGUUGUGCAAGUUACAACUGGUGAUCCAAUUGUUGAGUGUCCGCCGGGAUUCUUCCUCAUCGAGGGCAAGUGUUUGAAGGUUCUGUUUGCUGGACAGAAAGGGUGUUUAUCUGACGAGCAGUGUUCGACAAGGGAACCAAACGCCACCUGUGACAGCGGUUACUGCGUUUGUCCAGCAACGAAGCCUUUGGUUCACGGCGGAAAAUGUGUUGAGUCAUGUCCGGAAGGAUUUGCUAACAUUGCUGGAAGAUGCUACGAUCCGACAACCGUGAUUUUCAUGGACUCAGUGGAUGAGAGGAAGAAUGGAACUAUUGGAGGUUAUUGCUUGGAUACCGUGGUGGAAGAAAAAAGGCAAGAGAACAGCUACUGCAGCGAAAAGACGGUUACUUGUCAGUGCAAAGUCGGUUAUACACUAAGCAUGGAUUUCAAAAACAGAGCCGAUAAAGGGUCUUGCAAACAAGAUGAGUCUUCCAAGUUCCAUACUGAGCCUGAGCCUCAAUCGGAACCAGCAAUCGAUGACGAGCUAUUCUUUGUCGACAUAGGUUCGAAUGCUUCGGACGCAGACUCAUCAAACAUGACGAAUCCGACGAACUCAACAUCAGAUGAUGAUGCCGAUGAUCUAGCCAAAUACCUCUUCCAAACAGACGAGCUAACUUCGUCACUCGCAUAA